UGGAGCCAUGUGUGGAUUGUCCACCUGCAGAACAGUUGGGAUGUUGGUUUGACAGGGGGAGCCAUGCUGCAUCACAUCUGGGCCUGAUGUCAGCACUCAAUUGUGGGAAUGGCUCAUAGGGAGUUCAUGAAAGUACUGAAAAACAGAGGGCUUGAUCACGGAAAAUCCUCGAGCAUUGAAGACCCUCAUGUGCUCGGUGAUCUCUGCGUGGAUGGCAUUGGAAAGAGAGGAAAAGAGUAUGAGAGACAACGAGAGCUGGACAAUGGCAUUCAUAGUGGAAGGGGAUGUGAACUCCUGGCGUUCACAAAGAUUGCCAGGGGAAGCCUCCUGGAGGAGGAGGCGGAAGCUACGAAUCACCGAGGUGAACAACAAGUCUUACAUAAAGAUCCAAUGGCAGUCUGUGAGGGCUCCUGUAUGUCCACAGGCCACGGCUGGAUGAAAUUUGAUCCGGUAAGCUCACGAAAUGGCCAGAGUUACAGGCCAGACAACAGGAGAGGAAGUGGCAGAGCGGGGAUAGUAGGAGUGGACACUUCUUUGGAUGCAUGCACAUCUUCUUCAGGAAGCAGCACGCCAAAGGCUGAUGGAAUGAGAUUAUGUGAAGAGAGAAAAAACAUGAUGAGAUUGUCUGGAGAGAGCAAGCAGAAGCUUGACUCCCCUGCAUGUAUUGGAGGCUCCCUUGGGAGGGAGGAUAUUGACAUCACAUUACCAAAGGAUUGUGACAGGAAUGGUCCCUAUGAAGAGAGGGGAGGGAGGAAUAUCUACAGUGCAAUGCACAUUGGAGUGAAUGACAAAGAUGUGGCUCCGCAAAUUGCCAGGCUCUGGGAUCAAAGAACAAGUACAAAGAGGGAAUGCGGACUGUGCGGCAUGGAAACUUUAGGAGUGGGAUCGAGACAGAGUAGUCUCCUCGACCGUCACAGGAAUUGGGGGAAACAAAUGGGGGAGGGAGGAGGUGGAGGAAAAUAUGAUGAUCAUGGAAGAUGCACAGAAUGGAAUGAACAUGGGAACAAUGACCUAAAUGGGCGUUGCCAUAGCACUGGUGGCAGUGAGAUGGAGAUGGGAUCAGACUCAAAUGGCAGUGACGGUGAAGAGGUCCAAGUAAUCUCAAGAGCGAAGAUAUGUAGAGGGAGUCUUUCAGAAGACAAUUCUCAUGCAAUGGUUCGGAAUAGUGGAAGCUCAGGCUUUUCUUCUGGACACGUAGGCCUUGUGAAUGCAUAUGGGCUGGAAGUUGGCAAUAGGAGGGAAGCGCACGAAGGAGAUGUAGUAGAAGCUGGUUGGCCUUCCACAAGGGAUUGGAGGAGUUACAGACCAUCAUUUGCUGUGAAGAGGAGAUCAAAAGAGCGUGAGCAGAACUGCCAUGUGAAUGGACACGCUUCCAAAAGUAGUAGUCCACAUGAUGCUUUCAAGAGAAAUGCAGAGAGAAGGCAGCACUUGCAAGAGAGAGCUCAACUUCAGACAAUGUUAGCAGAAGAAAUGGAGAGAAGGAUGAGGGAAGAGGAGGCAGCAGAAAUGAAAGGUAGACAGGUGAUAGAACUUGAGCAGAAUAAUGAAAGGCUGCGGAAACAGCUGAAGGAGAGGGAACAAAUGGUUGUGGCCGAGAGGAGGAGAGUAAAGUCCAGAGAAGAGCUUCUCCGGCAAGUCGAAGAGGAAAAGGCAAGGCUUGAAAGAGAAAAUCAAGCCCUACAGACAAAGGAGGGAUAUCGGCAUUCUGAGUUAGAACGAGACAAGGGAAGCGGGAUGGUUAUGGUUCUUGAGAAGGAGAAUGCAAGGUUGGAAGAGGAACUUGCUUUGGAAAGGCAGAGAAGAGAGAUAAGGGAGGAAGAGGUGAAGGAAGAAAUGGAAAAGAAAAUGGCAGUGCUACAAACAAUGGUAAACAAACUGCAAGAGGAGAAGAGCACUUUAGUGGAGGGCCUGGCAACGGAAAUGGAGAGCAAGGCUCAUGACAUUGCGGCAGCAAAGGACAUGAUUGAAACAAUGAGGAAAGAAUGGGAUGAGAGGGUGGAGAGAGAAGCACGGAAGGUGCUGAGGGAGGCUGAAGAAGAGGCAGAGAAGAGAGAGCAGGAACUUACUAUGGCACAGGAAGCUGCGCAGAUGGAGGUCGCCCAGGUGAAAAAGCAGGCAGCUAGGACAAAAGAUGGAAGGAGGCGGAUGUAUGACAAGCUAGAUGACUUGAAAAGCUCUAAAGUCGGGGGAAGGGAGAGGAUUCAAGAAGAAGAGGAGCCGGAAGCAGUAAGGAGCAAGGGAAAUGAUAUGGAGAAGGUUGUCCUGGAUCCCGAGGUUAUGUCUGGUCUGAUUGGGAGGGGAGAGGAGGGUUCAGAAAGUCGCCAACAGCUAGAUCAGGGAGAAGAGAAGCAGGAAGCUCAGCUAAAAGAAACUCUAGUGUCUGUGCAGUGUUUAUGUGAUGAACAAGGGGAGGUAAUCGACACCAUGAAGAAGAAGAUGCAGCAAGAUAAAUUGCUGAUGGAGGCCAAGGAGAGGGAAAAUCACAGGCUUAUGGGAUUGGUGGCCGGAUUUUCUGUGCGGGAGGAGAAGCUGAAAGAGGAGCUGAGCAGAGCAAGGCAGGAAGGUGAAAAGUUGAAGGAUGAGAUGAAUGACAAGAAAAAAGAGGUAGAGCACCUGAAAAAUGAGGUGAAAGACCUUGAGAAGAAGUUGUUGGAGGGAGAAAGAGAGAAGCAGGAGCUAUGGACGUCGAUCUCCGGGGAGCAGUCAUGGGAUAUAGAGAUAGAGGUCAAGGAACGGGAGGUAGAUGAGCUGAGAAGUUUGGUAAAGAAUCUUGAGCAGCGGUUGUUGGAUGGUGAACGAGAGAGGCAGGAGCUGUGGGAAACCCUCUCUGGAGAGCAGUCCCUGGAAAGAGACAUAGAGGACGAGUUGAGAAAUAUAGUAAAGAGUUUGGAGCCGAGACCAUUGGAGGGUGGUGGAGAGCGGCAAGAACUAUGGGCAUCACUUUCUGAGGAUCAACCAAGGGAAAGAGAGAGAGAGGACGAAUGGGAUAUUGAGGUAUUUAAACUUAGGACUUCCGUGAAGUGUCUUGAGGGGAGGAGAUCUCUAGAGGGUGGCCAAGACAGUCAACAAUUGUCAGCAAAGUCCAUAUCUGACGAAAAGAUUUGUGGACGAGAGAUUGAGGUCAAAGAAAAAGAGGUUGAAGAGCUCAGAAAUAUGGUGAAGACUUUUGAGCUGAGGCUGCGAGAAGUUGACAAAGAGAGACAGGAGUUACAUGCAUCACUUUCUGCAGCGCAAUCACAGGAAAUGAAAGAGAUGGAGGGUGUGAAGAGUAGUGUGGAGGAGGUUAUUGCAGCAAAUGAACAACUGCGCGCUGAGAUUGCAGGCAAGAAGGAAGAGCUGGCUGAAGCAGCGCUGAAAAUCAUAAAGGAAAGGACAGACAGGGAGAGGGAGGUGAAAGAGUUGAGAGAAACAGAGUCACAACUGCGGGAAAGCUUGCAAGAGAUCUCCAGAAGAUUGGACGGGGCUAUCAGCGGUAGGAAGCAAGAGGAGGAACGUGCGCAGCAAGGGGAUGACAGGAACUCUGAGGUGGCACAGAGAGAAAAGGAAGUUGAGGAGCUGCAGGGGAUUGUGAGGAAUCUGAGGGGAAGACUAGUAGAGCUGGAAGGGGAGGUUUCAGGGUUGAGUGAUGAUGUGGAGGAAAGAGAGGAGGCGGCGCUGAGGCUGCUUGAGGAGGUGCAUGCCAAGCAGGAGAUUAUUGAUGAAGCUCGUGAUCAGGUUCACGUACAGGCACUCAACUUACUAAGUUGCAGCUUUGAUUAUGCUGCUUCCUUACUGCACUGGAUGUCACAGAUUAGGUUCCAGGGUACAGAGGUCGAGGAGACUGCCGAGCAGGGGAAUCUGGACACCAGUGGGAAAGAGUAGAAAAUGGGCCCUACCAGUGAAAAAUAGUUCAUGUAUUGAUCAACCUUCCUGGCCUAAUGCGCGCGAAAGAUGGUCAGGGCACACCUUGCCCUGGAAGACUGGGCUCCUACGGAAAUAGAGGGACUGCAGUAAGUUGAAAGGAAUUCUUCAUGCCGUGGCAAGUGGCACUCCUAAUUUGAAGUCUGUUCCCCUCCUGGCGUUUGCACUCUCGGUGUGUUUCUGCUGAUUCAUUAUCAGGGGGUAGCCAAUCAAAUCGAACACAGCUGCCCGAGGAAGGACUGUGGCAGGGACCGUAGCAGUGAAGGUGAGUCUGUCGGGUGUCAGAUGUCAGCCUUGAUCACAGCAGCUGUUCGAUGAGAAGCAUUGAAAAUCAUCAGUAGUCAAGCACUCCUGUUUUCGAUGCCAAUGCCAGGAGAGGAGGAGGGAGGAGGCUGGUGGAAGUGAAUGACUAUUUGAUCAAAUAUUCAAACAAUAACGAUGGCAGAAAUAACUCGUUUCUGCCCAGAGGAAGGAAGAGUCCCAACCAUGGCUGGACAGAAAGCAAUUUUCUCGAGUGAGGAAGGAAGGUAAGACUAUUUCAAUGAAUCACGCUUUGCGAU